UCUUUUAUGUUUUGUGAUUUGGAGUUAUGUGUUAAAAACUCUUCCCUACAAUGAAGUCAUGAAGAUAUUCCCCUGUAUUUCCUUUGAAUAUUUCCAUAGUUUUGCUUUUUACGUUUAAUUAAUUUUGCUGUAUGAUUGAGGUAGGAAUCCAAUUUUCUUUCCUCCACACAGAUAACUGAUGGUCCUGUAUAUGUUUCCUAAUUUCUUGAAUUUUUAGUUUCUCCUCAAUGGAAGUGCAUACUGCGAGAAGGUUAAGAGUGCCCCUCGGAAGUCAGCUGGGAGCUUCUGCCCUGCUGACGCCUGAGCUUGAAUGAUGUUUCCUUGUUUCUUGUAUCCAGGUAGGGCUAAGAGACCAGGUUCUGGCUCACGUAUAGCCUCGUUGGGCUUUCGUUCACUGAUCCACCUGCUAGCCCUGCCAUAGGUCAAGUUUCCAAACACGUUCCGUUUGUCUGUUCCUGUGGGAUGAACACAUCAUCUGAAUUACAGUAGUUUAAAGUAUGUUUUCAUAUCUGGCUGGGCAGGCACCCCCACCCCACCCUUGGCCCUUCUGUAGGAAUGUCUUUACAACUUCUGGCUCUUUGUUUUUCCAUUUAAAUAACAGAGCCAGGUUGUCAAUUUCCACAAAAGAAAUUUGCACAGACUUGACUUGUCUCAAGUGACUACAAUUAUUCUUUGCUCGGAUGCUCAGAUUGCCACAAUUUGGCCCCAUUAGUUGGGACCUUUUUUCCUUUCAGGCGUACGACAUUUUAAAAUCAUCUGAGUUUUCUGCCCGCAAAAAAAUGAUCCCAGUUCUUGACCUAACAUGUGGGAUCAACUACUUUGAAUAGGAAAUCAUGACAGAGCCCAAGUUUGGACGCUGGGGCACAAAUAUCCAAUUGUUCCAUGUGCAUAUUGGCGACAGACAAAAACAAAAAACAAAAAACAACAUUGCAUAUCCACUAGUAAGAGCUGGAAAGAAGGUAUAUCUUUCCAAAGUCAUGAAUUUACAUCGAUAGUUUCAGUGAACUCUAACAUCACAAAAUUCGCUCAAAUUUUUACUGUAAAAAUUUUAUUUUCUUUAAGCUUAAUAACUAUUCUUAUAAUUAUAACCCCAUACCUCCUUCUCUGAAACAUGAGGUUUCGCCAAUCGUUACCAAUCUUUGUUACAUUUAUGUGCAUGAAGGUCCAAGUUUAGUCUCCAGCUUCUUCACAUUCAGAGUCUGAAUGAAUCGUUUGUUUUUUUUUUAAUGUUCGUUUUUGAGAGGAGAGAGAAGGAGAGAGAGAGAGCGCGCGCAAGUGGGGUUGGGGCAGCGAGAGAGGGCAGGACAGAGGAUCCAAAGAGGGCCCCAAGCUGUCUGCACAGAGCCCAACUCGGGGCUCAAACUCACAAACCGCAAGAUCAUCACCGGAGCCGAAGUUUAACGCCCUACUGAGCUACCCAGGUGCCCCUAAAUGAAUUGUUUUGACCACUCUGGUAACAGGCUUCUCCGUAUCAUUUCAGCUCAGGACCCCAGCUACUUUAGAAUAGUUGGGACCAACAAUAUAAUUCUACAGCAUAUCAGAGAAAGGGGGGGGGGUUCACCUCCUUUUCCCAAAUGCUUGAAUUUUUAUUACAUUAUUGCGUGUAUCGAAUUAUAUUUUGAAUUAUAUAUCGCAGAAAGUGCCACAGCUUCUGGCGGCUUCUGACGGAGAGAGGCUUGGUACCUGAAUGAAGAACGUUCAUGAUACGUUGACCAGCCUCUCUUCAUCUUUGAAGAAUCUAGGACACGGUGGCAGAUGACGUCCUGUCUUUGGAGCUCUCCAAAGAAACGGAUCCAACAGGUCUGUUGGUAUAUAUAUAAGUAUAUACCAAUAGGAAAUGUAUAUACACGGAGAGAGAGAUUCAUUACAAGGAAUUAACUCACACAGUCAUGGAGGCUGGCGAGUCCUAAGAUCUACAGGGUGAGUCAGCAAGCUUGGGACCCAAGAGAGCCAAUGGUUUGUUCAAGUGCAAGCCUGAAGGCCCAACAACCAGGAGAACCAAUAGUGUGGUUCUAGACCAGUCCAGAAGCUGGCAGGCUCAGGACUCAGUUUGAGUCUGAAGGUGGGAUAAAAGCCAAAGCCUCAGUGCAAGGAAAGUCAGGCAGGAAAACUCUUAUUUGGGACGGGGUCAGCCUUUUGGUUCUAUUCGGGCCUUCACUUGAUUGGACAAGGCCCACCCACAUUGGGGAGGGCAAUCUGCUUUACUCAAAGUUCACCAAUUUAUAUGUUAAUCUCACUCAAAAACACUCUCACAAAAACAUCUAGAAUAAUGUUUUGCCAAAUAUCUGGGCACCCCACGGCCCCGUCAAGCCAAUACAUAAAAUGAUGGGAACCAUCACACUUCCCAACACCAUGCAGACUCAGGUGCACAUUCUAAGCCAUCAUGAUCAGUCCGCCCCUUUGCCGGUGGUUACUUCCAGGGGGGCAGCCCUAAGCUGUUUGGUACAUGAGGUGUGAACCCUGCUCUUAGGGCUGCUAGGAAAAUCUCCCUUCAUCCGAAGAGCGAAGAGCGAAGAGCCUGCUCAUGAUACAGCGCUCUCUUCCUCCUCUGCAUGUUUUAUGGUCGAAGGUGAUGAUGGCCAGAGAAAUGGACAAGCUAGGUCCUUUGUCACGUUGCCACUGACUCAGCCUGCCCCGGAGCCCUCCUCCCUCUCAUCCAUCUCUCAGCUGAGAUAAGAAACGGCCUUAUUGUACAAGCCACUUCAAGUUGUGGUGUGUGUUCCUUGAGGUCGAAGCCUUCCUAAUAUAGAUCUACUCAAAGAGACUUGCCCCUCUCUGCAGCCUUUAAUUACACUGCCUGUCUAUGACAGGCAAUCUUCUGUAGGCAUAAUAAAUUAAAUGUCACUGCUGCAUCAGGGUUCCAUUUUUCUAACGACAUUUAAAGUGACAAAUAUGUUUCUAGAUUUUAAUUAAAAGUCAACCAUGCAUGGUGCUGUCAAUGCAAUCUAUCCAUCAGAGGUCACAGAGGUGAAGACACUCUCUCCUUGAGGUGGCACAUAGAUACCUGUCACCUCUCCUGGUGCCAGGUUUCCCUUGGCAAUGAAUACAAGGUGUAACUCGAUGUCACAAAUGUUAAAAUGUGAGAAAAAUGUGAAACUUAGAACUGAAGAAGGAUCUUUUUUGUUGGAUGUGAGGAGGUAGACGUUUCUACUGGGUUUCUUUUUCUGGGGGGCGGAGGUCAGGACUGAGCGUGGAAAACGGAGAUGACCAAAGAAGGGACUCUGAGCUGAGGACGGGAUCGCCCGGUAUGCAGAUGGGGGACUUGACUUCUAAAGCAUAAGAUGCCACAAAGAGGAUGCUCCUUUAUUCUCCAGGUAUGUCCUGUGCACCGCUCUGUCACUUUGUGCCCACAGCAGGAAACCAUGAGCCACGGUGACCUAUAUUUCUGCUAAUGCGAAAAGGUUUUCCUUCCUUUCUUCAAUAACUGUUACCAGAAACCUCUACAGAGUGACGGUGCCAGGCCUUGGGCCAGGGACAAGAGACACAGAGGACCGGGAGCUGCCCUCCCCCAGCAUGGGGCUGGAGGCCCAGAGGCUGCCGGGGGCCGAGGAGGCCCCGGUGAGGGUGGCCUUGAGGGUCCGGCCGCUGCUGCCCAAGGAGCUGCUGCACGGGCACCAGAGCUGCCUGAGGGUGGACCCGGGGCACAGCCGCGUCACCCUUGGUCGAGACCGCCACUUUGGCUUCCACGUGGUGCUGGAUGAGGACACGGGGCAGGAGGCCGUGUACCAGGCCUGCGUGCAGCCCCUCCUCGAGGCUUUCUUUGAGGGCUUCAACGCCACGGUCUUUGCCUACGGUCAGACGGGCUCCGGGAAGACGUACACCAUGGGGGAGGCCAGUGUGGCCUCCCUUCACGAGGACGAGCAGGGCAUCAUCCCACGGGCCAUGGCUGAAGCCUUCAAGCUUAUCGAUGAAAAUGACCUGCUUGACUGUCUGGUGCACGUGUCCUACCUGGAAGUGUAUAAGGAGGAGUUCCGAGAUCUGCUGGAGGUGGGCACCGCCAGCCGUGACAUCCAGCUGCGGGAAGAUGACCGCGGAAAUGUUGUGCUGUGUGGCGUCAAGGAGGUGGACGUGGAGGGCCUGGACGAGGUGCUGAGCCUCCUGGAGAUGGGCAACGCGGCGCGGCACACGGGCGCCACACACCUCAACCGCCUGUCCAGCCGCUCACACACCGUCUUCACGGUGACCCUGGAGCAGCGGGGGCGCGCCCCCAGCCGCCUGCCGCGACCCCCUGCGGGCCAGCUGCUGGUCUCCAAGUUCCACUUCGUGGACCUGGCGGGCUCGGAGCGGGUGCUCAAGACGGGCAGCACGGGCGAGCGGCUCAAGGAGAGCAUCCAGAUCAACAGCAGCCUCCUGGCGCUGGGCAACGUCAUCAGCGCCCUGGGCGACCCCCAGCGCCGCGGCAGCCACAUCCCCUACCGGGACUCCAAGAUCACCCGGAUCCUCAAAGACUCGCUAGGCGGGAACGCCAAGACGGUGAUGAUCGCCUGCGUCAGCCCCUCCUCCUCCGACUUCGACGAGACCCUCAACACCCUCAACUACGCCAGCCGCGCCCAGAACAUCCGCAACCGCGCCACGGUCAACUGGCGGCCCGAGGCCGAGCGCGCGCCCGAGGAGGCGGCGGCCGGCGCGCGCGGCCCCCCGCGCCACCGCUCGGAGACGCGCAUCAUCCACCGCGGACGGCGCGCCCCCGGCCCCGCCGCCGCCGCCGCCGCGGCCGCCGCCCGCCUGGGCGCCGAGUGCGCGCGCUACCGGGCCCGCACCGACGCCGCCUACAGCCUCCUGCGCGAGCUGCAGGCGGAGCCGGGGCUGCCCGGCGCCGCCGCCCGCAAGGUGCGCGACUGGCUGUGCGCCGUCGAGGGGGAGCGCAGCGCCCUGAGCUCCGCCUCCGGGCCCGACAGCGGCAUCGAGAGCGCCUCCGCCGAGGAGCAGGCCACGCAGGGGCCCGGCGGGCCGAAGGUGGCCAAGGGCCAGGAAGACGGGGCACUGCAGUUGCUCGCCCUGCAGAGCCAGGUGGCCCGGCUGGAGGAGGAGAACCGAGACUUUCUGGCGGCCCUGGAGGACGCCAUGGAGCAGUACAAACUGCAGAGCGACCGGCUUCGGGAGCAGCAGCAGGAAAUGGCGGAGCUUCGGCUGCGGCUAGAGCUGGUGCGGCCUGGCUGGGGGGCCCCAGGGCUCCUACAGGGCCUGUCUGCCGGCUCCUUUGCGCCCCGGCCUCACACAGCCCCCCUCGACGGUGCCCACAGCCACAUGCUGGGCAUGGUGCCCCCCGUCUGCCUUCCUGGAGAUGAAGUUGGCCCUGAGAACUGGGGAGAGCAGGUGACAAAUGGCAGAGAGCCUGGGGCCCAGCUGCUGGCAGAGGCAGACAGCCAGGGGAGCGGCUCUUCAGCUGCCUCGGAGGAGGAGGAGCAGGAGGAGGGGCAGCCGCCCCUGCGGCCCCCGCACCUGCGCAGGAACGGGAUCAACAACUGGAGCCAGAGGGUGGGGGCCCGCCCAGGAAGUCCCUGUGCCGGGAAGGGCCCAGAGCUUCACCCCGAAGAACCGGGUGCAGCCGUCCCGGGGCCCAGAGUAGCCGGUGGGAGCAAGGCCCUGGCGCGGCCCCGCCGGACCCCAGCUGCCACGGCCUCUGAGCGGCGGCUGGCCCAAGCCCAACAGAAGAUCCGGGAGCUGGCCAUCAACAUCCGCAUGAAGGAGGAGCUCAUUGGCGAGCUGGUCCGCACAGGCAAGGCGGCCCAGGCCCUGAACCGGCAGCACAGCCAGCACAUCCGGGAGCUGGAGCAGGAGGCGGAGCAGGUGCGGGCAGAGCUGAGCGAAAGCCAGAGGCAGCUGCGGGAGCUCGAGGGCAGGGAGCCCCAGGACGCCGGCGAGCGGUCCCGGCUCCAGGAGUUCCGCAAGAGGGUCGCUGUCGCCCGGAGCCAGGUGCAGGUGCUGAAGGAAAAGAAGCAGGCGACCGAGCGGCUGGCGUCACUGUCGGCCCAGAGCGAGAAGCGGCUGCAGGAGCUCGAGAGGCACGUGCAGCUCAUGCGGCAGCAGCAGGGGCAGCUGCAGAGGCGGCUUCGCGAGGAGACGGAGCAGAAGCGGCGCCUGGAGACCGAGAUGAACAAGCGGCAGCACCGUGUCAAGGAGCUGGAGCGGCGGCACGAGCAGCAGCAAAAGAUCCUGAAGAUCAAGACGGAAGAGAUCGCGGCAUUCCAGAGGAAGCGGCGCAGCGGCAGCAACGGCUCUGUGGUCAGCCUGGAGCAGCAGCAGAAGAUCGAGGAGCAGAAGAAGUGGCUGGACCAGGAGAUGGAAAAGGUCCUACAGCAGCGGCGGGCACUGGAGGAGCUGGGGGAGGAGCUCCACAAGCGGGAGGCCAUCCUGGCCAAGAAGGAGGCCCUGAUGCAGGAGAAGACGGGGCUGGAGAGCAAGCGCCUGCGGUCCAGUCAGGCCCUCAGUGAGGACAUCGUGCGAGUGUCCAGCCGGCUGGAGCACCUGGAGAAGGAGCUGUCGGAGAAGAGUGGGCAGCUGCGGCAGGGCAGCGCCCAGAGCCAGCAGCGGCUCCGCGGGGAGAUCGACGCCCUGCGCCAGGAGAAGGACUCGCUGCUCAAGCAGCGCCUGGACAUCGACGGCAAGCUGAGGAGGGGCAGCCUGCUGUCGCCCGAGGAGGAGCGGACGCUGUUCCAGCUGGACGAGGCCAUCGAGGCCUUGGAUGCUGCCAUCGAAUACAAGAAUGAGGCCAUCACGUGCCGCCAGCGGGUGCUGCGGGCGUCGGCCUCCUUGCUGUCCCAGUGUGAGAUGAACCUCAUGGCCAAGCUCAGCUACCUCUCGUCCUCGGAGACCAGAGCCCUGCUCUGCAAGUAUUUUGACAAGGUCGUGACGCUCCGAGAGGAGCAGCACCAGCAGCAGAUCGCCUUCUCUGAGCUGGAGAUGCAGCUGGAGGAGCAGCAGAGGCUGGUCUACUGGCUGGAGGUGGCCCUGGAGCGCCAGCGCCUGGAGAUGGACCGCCAGCUGACCCUGCAGCAGAAGGAGCACGAACAGAACAUGCAGCUUCUCCUCCAGCAGAGCCGAGAUCACCUCGGCGAGGGGCUAGCGGACAGCAGGAGGCAGUAUGAGACCAGGAUCCAAGCGCUGGAGAAGGAGCUGGGCCGCCACCUGUGGAUGAACCAGGAACUGAAACAGAAGCUCAGUAGCCUGAGUGCGGCGGGCCAGAGCCGGGGUGGGGAGAAGAGGGCCCUGUGCCUGGAGAGCAGACCGGCUCCCGGAAAUGAAGACGAGCUGCGCCCCGUGCCCGAGCUUCUCUGGCAGCAGUCCCUCCCUGAGGGGGGCCCCCGCUCCCGAGACGAGGUGCGGGACUUGGUCCGGGCCCCGCUGCCGCUGACGUGGAAGCGCUCCAGCCUGUGCGGUGAGGAGCAGGGCGGCGCCGAGGAGCCCCUGGGAGGGCGGGCGCCCCCCGUGGGUGAGGCGGGCCUGCCCUGGAGCCCUGGGCCCCUGCCCAAGCCCCGGCGGGACCCGCGCCGGGCCAGCUCAGGCAUGAUCGACGUCAGGAGAAACCCGCUGUAGGCUGUGCGCAGAGCCCGCCUUGCAGGGAGGCUGAGCCCGCUCCCGGGCACGGUCAACCCUGUUUGCUUCAUGAAAGACGGCCCUUAGCUCUCCUCCAAAUCCGGGUCCUGAUCUUGACACAGCCGGGAUCAGCGAACCUGGGCCACCUGCCCCAGUGGAUCAGACUCCUAUUUUUUCAUCUGCAAAUUCCUGCCCCUCAUUUCUUUGAGCUCCGGUACCGGAUUGCCAUCUUUUGGCUUGAGAGUUCCCAAAAGGCAAUUCUGGUCCCAGACCUGCGUGCGGGUGCCCCCAGUGCUGGGGCUCAGCCGGUGCUGGACACACCACAGUGAGUGGCAACCGGGUUGUGUUUUAAAUGGUCUUAUGUAUAUGGUGGGAAGUGGGAAGCUUGGCAUAGUUUUAGACUUUUGUAAAACCAUUUUAUAAUAAAUGAGACUCUGAAGGGAAGAA